GUACGGUAGCUUUCAUCAUAUUACAGCUGAAUUAUCAUUAGUUGCAGUUGAAUUCGCUAGCUGUUUGCUCUUCAUUUCAUAAGACUAGAACAAUUACAUUAAUGUUCAGUCCAGCUGGCCGCUGAGAUUACAUGAGAAAUAAGACCGUUUCAAUCGCUCAAGUAAUAGUAACAUAAAUGGCUACGCUGUAAAGUUGUAAUCGAAAUCCACAAUGUCUACAUUACUAAAGGGUUAAUUAAUGGCGUUGUUUUGAUCGCAACGGGUGCACAAAGAAUACAUGGAAACCAAGGACUGGAUUUCUGCACGAGUAUAUUGGCGUCACAUUUUCAGGGGGAAUUAGUUCAUUCUAAACUUCUGGCCGGGUACUGGUUUUGAUUUUAACUAUGGUGUGUACAUACAUGUCAAUUUGAUCUUAACUGUGAUCACAAUUUAUCUUUUGUAUUUUAUUUUUUAACUUGGCCUAUUUUACACUGCAUGUUUGGUUUAUGGUCUUGUCUUUACUCAAGACAUUCAUAAGGCCUGACUUUUCUCUCCAGAACCCAAGGCAUUAUGCAUUAUUCCAAGGGUUCUCAGAUAUAAGCACUGCAUACCGGUGGGAACAUGUGAACUGAAAUCCCAGCGCUCUGUUUUAAUGUUUAGAACCAUCAAUCAUUGCUUGCAUUACGGUUUAUGAAACAUAUGGAAUUUCUUUCAUACUGUAUAAGCGAGAAAUAAUAUUUAAAAAUAUAUUCACUUAAUGUAGCAGAUUUGCACAGAUCCAUAACGCUGUGUGUGCAUCCACCCGACAAACUACACUUCCGCUACACCUUCUCCCCAGUUACGCUUAGCACAGAUGGUCGCCUCUGUCUUCCGUAAACAGGCAUUAACAAAGGUGUUCGCUGGGCUUCUUACACAACGAUCCCGACAAACCAUUUCUGUAUGAACCUCGCUUUGUGCAGUGGGGCAUUGUCAUGCUGAAACAGGAAAAGGCCUUCCCUAAACUAUUGCCACAAAGUUGGAAGCACAGAAUUGUCUAGAAUGUCAUUGUAUACUGUAGCGUUAAGAUUUCACAACUGGAACAAAAGGGCCUAGCCUGAACCAUGAAAAACAGCACCAGACCAUUAUUCCUCCUCCACCAAACUUUACAGUUGGCACUAUGCAUUGGAGCAGGUAGUGUUCUCUUGGCAUUCACCAAACCCAGAUUCGUCUGUCGGACUGCCAGAUGGUGAAGCGUGACUCAUUACCCCAGAGAAAGUGUUUCCACUGCUCCAGAAUCCAAUGGCGGCAAGUUGUACACAAUGUUUGUCUAUGGAGAUUGCAUGGGUGUGUGCUCAAUUUUAUACACCUGUCAGCAAUGGGUACUUACUUCAUGGGGCGGCAGGGUAGCCUGGUGGUUAGAGCGUUGGGCUAGUAACUGGAAGGUUGCAAGUUCAAACCCCCGAGCUGACAAGGUACAAAUCUGUCGUUCUGCCCCUGAACAGGCAGUUAACCCACUGUUCCUCGGCCGUCAUUGAAAAUAAGAAUUUGUUCUUAACUGACUUGCCUAGUUAAAUAAAGGUAAAUAAAUAAAUAAUGAAUAUCUAGCAGAUUGUAACAAGUAAUGUGAUCUAUUAGUCAUUGCAGGAUAGCUACUGUUUGGCGUAUCACAGAGAAUUUUCGAUCAACUUUAACUUAGCGACACUAUCUUCGUCCUCGAUUCGGUCAAACAUAUCUUCUAAUAGGUCUGUUCAGUUGCAGGUGUUUCGUUCGAAUUUAGAAAAUGCUAGUAAGGAUAGGCCCUCUUUUUUCAGGUACAGUAGCAAAAUGGAUAAUUGUUAAUACAUUUUUCCAUUAAAUACCUUUUCCAAACGAGCUUUGUCGUAGGUUAAGCAUUCACAUAGGUUAAGCAUUCACAGUCCCAUUGGCAGAGCGGACAGUGACUGAUGUAAAUUGCAUCAUAGGCAGUUAUUGUUUUGCAGCCCAAUGGCAAAACCAGGAAGUCGUAGUAGAUUUAUUUUAACGCCAGAAGAUGUACAUCUAUGAAACGUUCCAUUCAGAGCUGAACUAGUGUCUCCCAUUCCUGCUGCGGAGUAGACCUGGUGGGCUGCCAAUACAUUCCGCGAGUCUGUUUCUAUAGCCUACCCACAUUUUGCUUAUCCUGUAAUUUCCUUUCAAUAGGAGUUACUGAAGGAAGUGUCUCUUUUUCCUCCUGCUUUUUAAAUUUCUUAAACGGAAUCAACGGAGGAGGCUUAGACUACUGGUCUCACAAAGUUUUCAGAAUUGCUUGUCUACUUUGAGACAUUUGAUCUUAUGUUAUUUGGGAAUUUGACUUAUUGCCUAUUUUAGAAUGCAGGAAGCUGGAGAGUACACUAUGAAAAUGCAUCCGAUGUGGCAGGGACCACUUGUUGCUCCUGGGGGCAACAGACAAUCUCCGAUCGAUAUUCGGGUGCGCAAGAGUGUCUUUGAUCCGCAUCUCAAGCCGCUGACCCCGGACUACGACCCCAGGACAUGUUCACAGAUAUGGAACAACGGGUACUCAUUCCUGGUUGAGUACGAUGACACCACCGACAAAUCCACACUUAAAGGGGGUCCUCUGGAGGACAACUUCCGGCUGUGUCAGUUCCACUUCCAUUGGGGGGAGAGCAACGCAUGGGGCUCUGAGCACACAGUGGACCGCCGCCUCUUCCCUGCUGAGCUCCACAUGGUCCACUGGAACUCUGAUAAGUACAGCCGGUUUGAGGAGGCGGUGAUGGAGGAGAAUGGACUGGCUGUUAUCGGGGUUUUCCUCAAGAUAGGGAAGAGACACGAGGGACUGCAGAAACUAGUAGAUGUCCUACCUGCUGUCAGACAUAAGGACAGUGUUGUUGAGUUCACUAGGUUCGACCCAGCCUGCCUACUGCCCACUAACAUUGAUGAUUACUGGACGUAUGCAGGGUCACUGACCACGCCUCCUCUGACUGAAGCAGUGACCUGGAUUAUCAUGAAGCAGCACAUCGAAGUCAGCCAUGACCAGCUGGCUGUGUUUCGGAGCCUUCUCUUCACCUCCGCAGAGGAGGAGGUGCAGAAGAGCAUGGUCAACAACUUCCGUGUGCAGCAGUCGCUGCAGGGCCGCACUGUGCGUUCUUCGUUUACCCCCUUCCUGAAAGAGGAGCAACCGGCAAAGGGUCCACACACAGGCCACUGACCUUUACUCAGAGACUCACUUGGACCCUUCAAACCAAAAUAAUGCAAUACCCUGGGAAGCACAUUUUUGGCUAACAAAGUCUUACGUUUGACUCUACAGAAGUCAUACUGCUGGCAUCUUUCCAAACGCUUAUGCAUUCAGAAAGCCCUCUGAUUUCACUUAAGUGCCAGGGAUUUUAUAAUUCCAAUGUCACCAUCUAAAAGCUGUUUUGUUGACCAUCCUUGGCACUAGACAGCUGUCUCACUGCCUGCUGUCCUAUCAAUAAGUGAAAGGCAUCAUCAACACAGGGCAGGUGUAUUGCUGUAGUCUAUGCUAACAGAUUUUUUAAACCCCUGUCUCUUAGGUGAAUAUUUUUUUUCUAGAUGCUCUGAAUGUUUAAGUUGUAAACCUUUUUUAUUCAGUCCUUAACAGUCCCACUUGAAAUGCUUAUAGAAACCAAUGAGGGAUUAUGCUGAAAUACAGGUAACUGUCAAAAUAAAGGAAAACACCAACAUGUAUUGUCUUUAAGAGGGUGUUGGGGCACCACAGCUUUAAUGUACAAGUGUCUGGAAGUCUUGGAGGGAUGCGACACCAUUCUUCCAUGAGAAAUUCCAGAAUUUUUUGUUUUCCUCCAGGAUCUCCCAUAAGUGUUUUAAUUGAGUUGAGAUCUGGUUACUGAGAUGGCUAUGGCAUAUUUUUAUGCUCAAAACAUUCAGUGACCACUCGUGCCCUGUGGAUGGGGUUAUUGUCAUCCUAUGGGGGCGUAGCCAAAAUAAUACAUCACCCUAAGUAAGCAUGAUGGGCUGUUACCUGCUUAAUUAACUCAGGAAGUGCACCUGUGGAAGCAUCUGCUUUCAAUAUACUUUGUUUCCCUCAUUUACUCAAGUGUUUCCAUUAUUUUGUCAGUUUCCUGCAUUUUUAUACUAUCACCGAUUUUAAUAAUCUCAAGCAUAAGAAUAUCACCCUCGUGUAUGAGCAGUACUCUUGCAGUAAUUGUUCUCCUUCCUUGACAAAGUAUUUGAGGUGAAGGGGCUCCAUAUAUGGAUGUGGGGUUUAGUUUGAAGGUUUACGCUCUGAACUUGUUUACUGCACACAGCCGAAGAGAUUUGGUUCAUUGUAUUUGGGCCUAGCUAAGGCUCCAAACUGCACAAAUGAGUGUUGCUCAUUGCUUUGAAAGAUGUUUUAGAUGAAUUUGUGAUUGAUUUUAUUACAUAGUCUAUUGAGUGGACUAGAAUGUACAUCUCACUAUCUGUAACUUAGAGGUAAAAAUCAUAUGUAUAGGAUCCACAUCUUUUAUAAGGCCUUAUAAGCACAGGGACACAGGCAUUUGUUACAACUAAUAUGCUGAACUAUUUUGUUGAUAUAGCAAACAUCUGUAUUUUAGCAUGGGUGUCUAAGCAUAUUUCCUCUUGUAAUCAAAUUGUUCUGUUCUACUAAACUGGGAUCUACCAUAGUGCCUUCUAUUUUAUGCAUCAUACUGACACAUGGCGGUCACCUCUGUUCUCAGAUCAAUUUCUCAUGGCAAUGUGUCUAUUCUGUAGGGGCUUGCUGGUCUAACGCAUAUCGAUAAUAUUCUGCCCCUACCAAGCUUAACAGUCGGUCAAUUUUUAUGUUUGCCAGUUUCUGGUUUAGGCGCUGGGAGAGUUAAGAGAGGGUAUCACAUCAUGCAUCAUUAACCUGUUUAUCUUGUUGGUUCUUUAUUUAUUUAUUGGUGGAGGUCGGUAGGUUUUUACUUGCCUUUUUAGAAGCACACAGACAGGAAUCAUUCUCCUGAUAAUUUGUAUUUCAUUUCUUGAGACUUAAGCUUUUUCUGUACUUUAUCUCUCUCUCUAUAUAUAACAUUUGAAAUUUUAAAGUUCCCAGCAGAACUGGACAGGGGUUACAGUGGAACCAACUACAUGCAUCAACUUUAAAACAUAACUACACCUAAUGUUAUGCUUUAAUCGCGUUCCAAAAGGUUAACUGUAAUAUAAGCACUGCUAUUCCCCAUGUUGAUACAAAACCAUGAAACCUGAUACAGCAAUUGUAAUACCUUGCUGCCUAUUUUCCAUUAGCCUACUUCUAGUUGCAGUAUUCUGGGUGUGCCUUCCAGUGCUUCACUAUUUUAAUCAAAGAAAGGGAGUGAUUGAAUAAAGAGAGGGGGGGGGGUCUUAUGUUUGCAGUGUACAGAGAAUGUGAAGUAGGUGCUUAAAAGAUUGGAGGAGAAAGGGAUUGAUUGGUUUGUUCUAUAAACAGGGAAUGAAAAGGGAGCAGACAUUGAGGCGACAUUGGUAUUGUUUGUUCUAUAAAGCAUUACGUGAGUGAA